GACAAGAAACGAAAAUAUAGUAAUGGUGGAMAAGAAACGAAGUUUAUCCACGAAUUUACUCUAAAACCAGUAUUAAAUGGACCAGUUUGGUARCUUAGAGCUCAGUUGGGCUCAAGGCUAUGAUGGUGGAGCUGCAAGUUUUGUCAAUAAAGAAACUAUCUGCUACAUAUGUGGAAAUAUUGUAAAAUUUAUCAACAUAAAAGACAAAAGUGAAGCCUUUUUACUUAGUCCAGGGGAUGGCAUUGGAAGACUGGCUACAAACUCAACUCAUGGAGUGUAUGGCUUCUCAGAGAUGAGACCAAGUCCACAAAUUUUUGUUUACAAAUUUCCAAACUUUAGUGGACCUCAAGCAAUUCUUAAAGAUGGUGCAAAACUUUCAUACACAUCAUUGGCAUUUGCAAAUAAUAGUUCAAUUCUUGCCAGUAUUUCUGGAUUACCAGACUUUCAGUUAACCAUAUGGAACUGGGUGAAUGAGGCAAAGUUGUGUUUUAUUAAUAUAAAUCAUCAAGCCUGCAGUAAGUUAUCAUUCAAUCCCAUGAACUGGAGACAGUUAUGUACAAUUGGUAAACAAAUGCUGACAGUUUGGAAUGUAGAACAACUCGAUGACAAACAUAUCCUUACACCAAGUGUUUUCAAGCUUCCACCAGCAUCAGGAACRCCAGAUGAUGGAGAGUAUGAAGAUUUAAGCCAAUCAAUCAGUAGAAUGGGAAGAGCAUUUACUACAGAAGAGUUCAGACUUACUAAGGCUGCUAUUGGUGGAAUUGUUGGUAAAGAAUCUCUUGACUAUGAGCCAGGAGAGAAGAUUCAGAGAUGUGAGCCUGUGAGUAAUUGUUGGACUCCUCAUGGCAUUAUUUAUUGUGGAUGUACUGGUGGCCAGCUUCUUAGAGUUGAUGUUGACUCAAGUGUGGUUAAAGUAGUAGCAACACCAAGUCAUGAACAACAAAACCGAAAUAGAACAGACACUAUUUCCCAUUUAGUGAGAAAAAACACUAUGGAGGUUCUAGAAGAAGAGCAAGAAGGAGAAGACAACGAGAUGAUUUCCAUCCCUCAAUUUACAUAUGGAUGCACAAACUGCCUUGCCUUGCAUAAAAAUGGUCUUUAUAUAGGUGGACAGGAUGGUAUAUUGAGAUGUCUGGACAUUAAUGGAAAAGUUGUUAAUAUACUUAGUACCACUGAUAUAGGAGCACCCAUUACCAGUCUUGCAUGGUCAAAAUCUUACUCUGAACUGGCAAUUGGUAGUACAAAGGGAAGUAUGCAACUAUACCAGCCUGAAGGAAACAAGCUGACACAGUUUUUUGAUGUAAAUAAUGUAGAGUUAAUUGGCGUUGACUCUUUGCUUGGUGGAACAGAUUAUUGUGUGACAUGCAGAUCCAAUGGUCAUUUGCAAGUUUGGGAUAUCCAGAAUUCUACACUGAUUAGCCAACUCCACCUUGAUUGUCAUACCACUUGCAUGGCAUGUUGUCCAUCAUCAAGUACUGUUGCCAUAGGAACAGCAAAUGGAUAUGUUUACUUUGUUGAGAUGACAGUUGUCAACAAGCCACGGCCUAUAGCAUGUGUGCACGUUCAUGAAGGACCAGUACAGCAGAUAUGCUAUGAUCUGCUUGGUCAAAUUUACCUGACAGGAUCUAAUGAUGGCCAUGUCUUUGUAUGUGAUGCAAGGGUUACAAAUAACUUUAAAGUUCUGGGACAUAUCGAUGUCCAAGGUAGUGUUACAUCAAUAAGUUGCCUUAAUGCACAAGAUAACAAUUCCCAAGGGCCAUGGAAGGUAGUUGUUGCUUAUGAUGAAAACAAUUCUUCUCAUGCUAGUAAGAUGGUGGAGUUUGAAGUUACAAAAGAAAUUCUUUAUCGCAAUCCAAGAGAUGCCUUUGUCAAUAAAGCUUUGCUGUACCGUAAUGAAGCUAUCAAGUUAUCAUCCCAUAAACUAGCCACRCCUAUUUAUAGCGUCAUGGUAACAUCACAACAGACUGCAUUGGCUAUAGGUCGCCACCGUAAGGAGUUAAUCAAACUACCACUAACACAGGAAGCCCUGGAACCCAAUAAUGAAAGCCAGUUACUGAAGUCAUYAGAAGCGUACAUUGGACAUGAUCUUCUUGGAGGUAAUCUGACUCUCUCUCCACAUCUUCGGUGGAUGGCAAGCGCGGGUACUGAUGGACAAAUAUUACUUCGAGCAGUCGGAGCAUUGGAUCGUACCAUCAAGAUUCCCGCACAUCAUUAUCGAAAGGGUGGAGUCACACACGUGUGUUUUACUGGUGAUUCACAAAAACUACUCAGUACCGGUGGGGAUGGGGUUCUKGCAUGCUGGUCUUGGAAUUUUAGUCCAACAGGUAAAAGUAAAGCCACCGCUGCACUUGAUGCUGCAAGAGCAAGAUCAACAGCAUUAACAAGUCAAAGGAAGGACGAAGAUGCUGCAGCUGCAAACAGAUCACUGUAUGUCCCCACGACUACUUCAUUCAUUGAGAAGUCGACAAUAGAAGCAACGGAAAAACAGAAAAAGAUCGAAAAAGAUGGUAUUUUCACCACACCUACACCUACACUUGGGGAAGAGUCAACUUGGCUGCAAAAGGCUGUGGCAGAGGUAUUUUACUGAAACAAACAAAG